UUCACGAAAAAUGAGCGAACCUACUUGUGUUGUUUUUCAAGACAUGGUUGUGUUAGGUUGUGGCCCUGUGUGUUCCUGCAACGAUGUAAACCUGGACACGAUACCGUUAUGCCCAAUGCCUCAUCAGGAUCCUGGAGGGAAGGUAAACGAGAUGUGAGAGACGCCCCACUUUCACAGCUCGGUGUUGCGAUGCAGCGUCCUGGAUGUACAGAGAAAAGUUGGCAGAGUUGUGUGCGGUGUCAGGGGGGGGAGAAAUGAUUUAGAUACGUGCGAUUGCAUCGUUUGAAAAGAGAGAUUAGACUGCAACGGGCCACGUUUGGGGCGCAAAAAUACGGAAUUUGAGCGGAACUGUGGAUCAUUUAUCCAAACAAAAGCUGUGUGUAGUAGUCUACAACUAACGUUACCUUUUUGAAGACUGAUGGAAGUUGACAACUGCUUCGGAAACCCGCUGCAUUCAUGGCUUUUGUUAAACCAUUGAGUUUAGUCAUGGAUGAACACGGAUCCCAGCCCCAUCCAAGGAGCUCAGGUCUGAGGGUGUCGACCAAAAGCAAGGCACCAUCCCCGCCAGCACUAAAGAAGCUGGAUUCCCCAGGUUUCUCUCAGUGGUACCCAGGAAACCCUCAUUUAACCAUGGACCACAAAGAGAACCUUAUGGAUAAAGACCUCUCUCUCGUCGUGGUUUUGCCUGGUGGAAUAGAAAAGAUGACCACAGUCCAUGGCAGCAAACCCCUAAUGGAUCUAUUAGUGACACUUUGUGCAAAGUAUCACCUGAACCCAUCGAGCCACACCUUAGAACUGGUCACCGCCAACAGGAACAACAUCAAGCUCAAGCCCAACGCUCUCAUAGGAACUUUAGAUGCAGAGAAGAUUAUACUUAAACCUAAAGGGGAAGAUAAAAAUAAGAAGACAAGUCCUCAGAUGCCUGAGGCAACUGUUCGGAUGGUGAUAAACUACAAAAAGACCCAGAAAACUAUACUACGAGUCAGUCCCCGAGUUCCAUUGGCUGAACUCUUACCAGCAAUAUGUGAGAAAUGUGAAUUUGACAUUGAGACUACAGUUCUAUUGAGAGAUGUUCAAUCACUGUCCCCUUUGGACUUGUCAGGUUCUCUUAAUGAUUAUGCAAUAAGGGAGGUUUAUGCAAGAGACACAAAAGGACAACCUGCUUCUCCAGCGUGUCCAGCCUCACCAACUCCUGCUGGGACAGUCACGCCGGGCAAAGAUAAAAAUCAGAAGGAGAAGGAAAACAAAGGCCUCUUCAGCAUGUUCAGAAAAAGCAAGAAAAACUCUGAGCAGGCAACGACAGCCAGCGCCCCAGCUUCUCCAGUGCUUGUGAGCAAGCCUAGACCACUCAGCAUGGCCCUACCUAGCACAAAUUUUCCUCCGCUCGGCUCCCCCACGAUCCCCACCGAUGCACCAAAGAAGAGACGUGCACCCCAACCCCCAAUCCUUGUGUCUCAGAGCUGCUCCUUGGACCUCAGCACUCACAGGAGACUCAACUCUGAACCUAACCCCCAAUUGGAAAGUGACCAGAUGGCUGGUUUAAGUCGUGGGUCCUCGGCAGAGUCUUCAUUGAAAAGAACCAAACGCAAGGCUCCCCCACCUCCAACAUCCCCUAGUGCUGUUGUCCAAGAAAUGGUUCCUCUAGAUGAAAAUUUGCAAGGGGGUGCAGCUGCUAACACACUGGAGGAGAUUAUGGAGCAGGAGGAGACAACUCCUUCUGUAAUGUCUGCAGCUACUAGUGACACCCAGGGAGAGGACAGCAGCCUCAGCAUGUCAGCCGAUGUUUCAUUACAUUCCCCGUCCCCAGAUACUGAGAUACUGAGCGCAAUGUCAAUGGAGGGCAGUGGGGAAGAUCGGUCUUGUGAUCUGUCCUCAGAUGGCAAUCAACUGCAGAGCACAGUGAAUGAUUCUGCAACUCUCAGUGAUGAGAGGACAACUGUUGGCACAGACUCAUCUGAACUGGCAGAUACAGAUGGUGGUCGGCGUCAAGUUGAAAAUGUAAGCCAACAGCCAAUCUGUGAAGGGUCUACAACUGAAGGUGUUGAAGGUGAUUGCAUUACUGUACCCAGCAGCCUCCCUCAGCCUGUAAUAGAGGAUGCAGAAGCACAGGCCUCUGUUCAGGCAAACACUGAAACCCUUUCGGAGAGGAUUGACAGAUUGGAGAGCCCAGUGGCCCUCAGCACAUCACAUCCCACUGGAGAGGAUGCACAAGUGCAAACAGAUUUCACACAACUCCCUGUGCCUCCACAACAAGACAUGGACAAAGUUCUCUCUGCAGCUAAUGCAUCUGCCUUUGAAUCAGCAGGGAAGAAAGAUAUCGCCAUCUUGAUGGACGAGCUGGACCCACCUGACCUCGAAAAACAAGCCUUAUCCCACACCUCAGACACCUCAUCAUGCCAAGACUCAACACCAAGUGCCCCUACCACAACAAAGGCUCCAUGUAUUUAUGCUACAGACUCUGAGCCAAAGGCCAAGCCUUCCAAUGAGCUGACAAGGGACUAUAUCCCCAAGGUGGGGAUGACAACGUACACUAUUGUGCCUCAGAAAUCUCUAGAGAAACUAAGAUAUUUUGAAGUUGCUCUGACACUGGAGACGCCUCCUGUAGCUCCAGAAGAGGGACUUAAUAUUGGUUCUCUUCAGCUGGAGGAGAGCACAGCAUCAAGGGGACAGAUGGAGGUCUCAAAGGAAAACAGAGAGCUGCACUCUACCAUAUCCAGGGAAGACUUACUGACUAGCACUGCUACUACCCAAGACACUGUUAAUGGAAGUAUACCUGAAUCUACUUAUUCCUCAUCACCAACAUGUUUAUUUAAAGCAGAUGACAAGAUGUCAUCCUCUGCUAAUAGGGCAUCUCAAGCAGGUUCAAAAGCAGAGGUCAAGGAGACGAAAAUUCCACCCGCAACUAAACCUAAGCCUGGUUCUUUCCGCUUGGCACAGCACAAAAAAACACCUGGGUAUUAUGUAACUUCGGCAGCAGAGAAGAGUCUUGGUGCCAGUUCUGGCUCUGGCCAGAGGGAGGCUCACGGAAGUGCAGAGAGAGCAAUGUUACCACCCCCUCCUCUUCCGACUCCUGUGCAGUGUCAAGAGGAGACGACAGAGGCCACUAAUGUCCAGCUGAGCCCCAAAGGGGGUGACAAGAAUGUAGCCAUCAUGCAAAUGACUAGGCAAAGCAGUUUGCCAUGUAAAGAGCCGAGUGUGGGGUUAAGCUUGGAAAAAUUAAGAAGCUUUGCAGCCCCUAGGCCCUAUUCUCCUGCAACCCCAUCCCUCUUUGCCCAGGCAGUGUCCUCUGCUGUGAAAAGGACCCAGUCCUUAUCCUGUGGUCCAAAGUCACCUCACUCGCCUGUUUCACCACCGUUCCCUCCAAAAACAAGUCGCCUACCAGUCUUAGAGUCAAAAGGAUUGUCUAAGCUCAAGGACGGUGAAAACAGAGAGUGGGAUAGUGACAAAGACUCCAUUCUGCAGGGAGUUGAGGGAGAGCCACCAUCUUUUAGUGGAAUUGCUCAAAUGGAAGGAGAGAGCAGUCCAUAGCAAUUCUCCUGUCAAUCUAUCAUCUACUGAGGAGCUUAUCCUGUCUACUUUGAGUUCUCUAGAACCAUUUAUCUCACAACACAGAAGUAGAAACCGUCUUUUGUUUUACCUCUUUUUGGUAAUCUCCAACAGUGUACAUAAAAUGAUGUAUUUUGAUCAUUAAUAAUUGCUGUACUUUCAUUUACUUCUCACAAGUCAUUAAGUAAUAUCCCCGCAUAUUUUAUUGCUUUGCUUUCAUUUUGUGUGAUAAGUAUCUUGCAUUUAAUGCCUUACUGUUGUGAGUGAACGAGAUCAUUAAAUGAGAACACAUCUAUAAAUUA